CUUGUUGCGUUGAUAUCGUUGAUUACGUGCAGUGCCGCUCGUGUACUCUGGGAGUGGAAAGUUUAUCACCUUUUUCCGGUUUUAUCAAUUAACACCCACAAAAUGCCGAUGGACAUUCUGGGCUUUGCGUACGCGGCUACCGUGGCCGCUGGUGGUAUCGUCGGAUACGCCAGAGCAGGUUCCGUCCCGUCACUGGCGGCCGGUUUGACCUUCGGUGCCUUGCUUGGCUACGGCGCCUUGCUGUCGUCCAAUGAGCCCCCGCGCCCGCUGCUACAGAUCGGUACCGCGCUGGUACUGGCCGGAAUGAUGGGCUCCCGGUGGGCAAGGUCCGGCAAGUUUAUGCCACCCGGUUUGAUUUGCGUUAUCUCUUGUGCAAUGCUUGCCCGUGGUCUUAUCUACCAUAACCGCUACCUACCGAUGAUCGGGGCGAAGAACGAGUAGUGUACCGUUUGCUGAUGGAAUGCAUUUAUGCAACGUGCUGCUUGGGGUCCGUGGCCUCGACGAAAGGUCGAAGGUUAUGAAUGAAGCGCAGCCUUGAAAUGGUAAGGGAACGUUCCAGUUUCCGCCGGUGGCGGGCAAUAAACGUAGUAGGCUAUUUGUACUCGAUGACGAAUCAAUUUUUCGGUCCGAAAAGGUC